CUUCCAAUGUCUAACUAAGUAUAAAUCUAAACGAUUGACGAUUUUCCCUCAUGAGGAUGAUCACAGUAUUUUUCACGAAGAAAAAGAUGCUUUACAUUGUUUACAUUGUUAUCCUGCCUGCAAUGAUACUAAUUUUGGUGUAUUAAGUUGGAGAAGUCACAUGGAUCUCGGUACAUUUGAACUUAACUUAUUUCCGAAUUACAAAAUUACUAAUGAAGGAGUGCUGCAUGUAUACUUUUCGAACUACCGCACAAUCCAAUUGAAACAAGAUGUGUCUUCUUACUGGUAUAAUCUUUUAAGUGAUAUCGGCGGUUUAUGUGGCAUCUUCAUCGGCUUUAGUUUCAUCACUAUAGUGGAGCUUCUGUAUUUCUUUGUGCUCCUGUUUUGCAAUUUGUUCUGUAAAAAAUCGGUCUUGCAAAAGGAUGAUCGCAAGAUUGAAAUCUCACCAGACCAAACUCAAACAACAGGAGAAUUAUAUUGGAAUGAACUGUUACCACGAUCUUGGCAUUCAGCGAAAUACUGCAACUUCUCUAUUAAAAAAGCUAGAUAUUAACUGACGUAGUUAUUAUAAAAUUAUUC